AUGCCUACAGCCGACGUCCUGUCCACCUCCUCCCCAUACUUGGGCCACGGAAAUGAUCCCACAGCGUUCAAGAAAGCAUACAACCCAACACACCCGGGCCUCUUGGAGGUUCGGUUUGAAGAUGGGGACUUCCAAUCUCGCGCAGUAGCCAUGAAGGUGAGGCGAAUCGUGUGCAAAGGCUAUUUACGUGGCUGUCGAGACAGACAGCAGGCUCACGCAUUUGCGCUGGUCGUUUUACUGCGGUUUCAGAACUACAAGAAGGGAGAGACCAUCGCGGACAUGUCUGCUGCGACGCCCUCGGGCUCUGUGCGGUACUCUACAGUGCAGGUCACAGAAAAGGAUCACAUCGAGCUGAAUAGCGAGUGAGUAGCUUUGAGGAAUGAUACUAUUGCUGGGAACGCUCAGACUCUUGGGACUCCCCGCGACUCAGCUUGGUCUUCUGCAAUCAUUCUUGCGACCCGUCUGUCCGCUUCGACGUCUCAGCACCUGCGCCCCCCAACGUGUCCAAGCCAGGCUCAAGCUGGCGAAUUGUAGCCGAGAGGGACAUCAGGGAGGGCGAGGCGCUCACCUUCUGUGAGUCCCGGCGGGCCCCAAUGGCUCACAACGCAUCUUGAGACUGACUUCAAAGCGCCUGACGCGCACCAGUCUACCCUUCAACCGAGUGGGACAUGUCACAACCAUUCAAUUGCACUUGCGAUGGAGGGAGCAAAUGCCUUGGAUAUGUGCAAGGAGCAAAGCAUCUGGACUCUUCAAUCUUGCAGAAAUAUUUUCUGAAUGCUCACAUUUUGCGACUCAAGGUCGCUCAGUUGCGAACGCAAAAGAAAGAUACAGAAGCUGAGGAGCUAGAGAGGUCAGCUAUCCUCUCCUAA